AUGAGUGACUAUUACCACCAGUUCCUGGCUUCCAUGUCAGGCAUCGAGCCAAAUCCGCAUCUUAUGCAACAACAGCAGCAGCAGCAGCAGCAGCAACAGCAGCAGCAACAACAGCAACAACAGCAACAACAGCAACAACAGCAACAACAGCAACAACAAUAUCCGCAACAGCAUACGCACCAGCCAGUACCACUUCAUCAACAGCCUCACCAUCUUCCCCAGCAGCACCCGCAACCUCCGCCGCAGCAUGUCCAGGAUGUGAUGCCAAUGCCGUUGUCACUUCCGCCCCAUCUCCACCAGCAGCCGGCCAUGUCCAUGACCAUGGGGAUGGGACCGGGGCAGGGGUCAAACCAGUAUCAGAACUUGGGCUUUUACACUGGCUUUCCAGAGCCGGUCAUGUUCAACGCGCAAAAGUCACAGCGCAAUCGUCGGAAAUCCGCCCCUGGAUCAGAGCACGUCAAACACCGUCGGACGCGGUCAGGCUGUUAUACGUGCCGCAGCAGACGAAUCAAGUGCGACGAGGCGCGGCCCAUCUGCGAGCGUUGUAAGAAAGGAAAAAGAGAUUGCUCCUAUCCCGAUCCCAAGUCGUCAAAGAAAUCGGCUGCCGCUGCGUCACAAGAGGAGGCAAAUAUAAGCCAACAAGCUAGCCCAGAAUCGUCAAACGAAGAAGACGACGAAGAUGUGGAUAAUGACAGCAAGCUUGACACGAUUCCUGAUUACGACGAGGCCGACGGGUCGACCAGUGGAACGGCAGAUACAUCCACACCCCAGCAGUUUACGGUCACCUUCAACGACAAAGUACGGCCUCCUCUACGGCAGUCGAGCUCAACAUCACUUUUGAAUAUGAAACGGCUUGUAUCUACUGGUGGCGCAGGUGCAGCGUCGUCGACGGGAAGACGGACUCGGCAAAGUUCGGAGACCCCAUCGUUUGAAGGGAAAAGUACGUCACCGGCCACGUCGACGGGUACCGCCGGUAGCUUUCCGCCUACAGCACAAUCUGUUGGUUCUUCCGAGCCCUACUACUCCUCGUCCUCGACUUUACCAGCAGUUUCGGCAGCCGACUGGAGCCACCUGCCCCAAGACUUGCGCUUCUACCUGGGAUAUUUUGUGGACAAUAUCACGCAUCUUCACUACUGCAUUCCCAUCGACUCGGACAACUUUAUUCGUGGCACCUUGCCCGCUCUGGCCGUCCGUAACGAGCCUCUGCUAUAUGCACUUGUUGCCUUUUCGGCCUACCAUUUCAUCUUGCGUGAUCCGACGGCCAAACUACAGCAGUUUUUGCAGUACUAUGACCAGAGUCUCGCUACGAUUGAAGAGUACCUCGGUGACUGGGUCAAUCUCAUGGGCCACCAAAAGGCUGCUUUGGAAAUGCUUACGGAAAUUUAUACGCCCGACACCGCCCCCCAGACAUCUGUAGGCCGCAUGAUCCUUCACUGGUACACUCGCUUUGAUGUGUUUGUGGGCAUCAUGGGUGGCUUUGAGACAGCUCUCUCACGCGAUUGGUUCAUCAGCAUCGUGGAGUACUAUCAAGAGCGUAUUGCCAGCGAGCCCACGAGCCUGAUUUGCCAGACUGAAGAUUGCUCUGCGCGACUGCGACUUAUCAGUCUCGAUAUGUCUUUGCUAUUUGCGCGUGCCAAGGAAGACGAUAACGGCGAAGAUGCAGCAAAACGUGCAGGCGGUGGCCUGGCCGCAUUUCCCUCAUUUGCACCAGACGAGACCUUUAUGCGAGAGCAUGCGCGUAUUCUCAGUGCGCUGAAUGAGUGGAAAGCUGGUCUCGAUGCGCUUGUGAAGGUCGACGGCGAGACAACAGAAGAGAUGACAGGCAGCGCAGGAGGAGAAUCAAAACACCACCCUCUCCUUGUUACCGACUUUAGUCAUGCGGUUCCGCUUGAGGAGGACGAUAUUGUCGACCCUUAUCAGCCGGGAAUCUUGUACUACGAGCCGCUUUUUGCAUACACGAUCAUGUCUUCCAUGGCCGCUAUGGGUGCCGCACCUCAACCUGCAGCUGGACCAUCGCCAAUGCCUCAGAGUAGGGCGCACCCUCAAGGCAUGUCUCCGGCAGAAGGCAUGACUCUACCGGAGGGGAUGUCCUUGCCAGCAGGGAUAGCCCUUCCGGAAGGUAUAACUUUACCGGAGGGUAUGGCUCUACCUGACGGCAUGUCGCUCAAAGACGGCCUAGCUGCUCUUGCCGCUAUGAGUGCUUCUGGUGGUGAAACGUCUGGAGACAUGGCGGCCAUGCACGUCAUGCACGCCGCUGCGGCUGCUACCAAGUCUUCUUUGCCUCCUGCAGGGCCAGGAAGUGCCCUGGAUGCUGACGGACAAAUGGACCCUGCUCAAAUGGCAGCCCAGAUGUCGGCUGGUAUGGCAGGACUUGCCAAGCGUGCAUACACCAUUUGUCAGAUUUUUGAGACGCUUGAGAUGUGGCCGGCCAGUCCGCCAGGGUGCUUGAUAAUAUCGCAAGCGAUGCUUGCCAUUGCUGCUCUUUUCCUUCCACGCGACAGUCGUCACCACAUGUGGAUUCGACGCAAGUUUGCGUUGAUUGAAACAAUGGGCUAUAUCUUCCCGCUUACUAUGCGUACGCGGAUGUCCGAGCUCUUCAACGACCCGUCCUGUGUUCAGUGGUGGCUGCCCAACAAUGAAGGCUUCAGUCCGAUUCUGCAAAGCGUGCGUGCUUUUGCCGAUGAGCGUAACGUGACGGCCGUAUCGGCACAAACAGAGAACCUACGGGAAGUCCGGCAUAUCUUUGCGAAGCUCCAGAUCGGUGAAGGAGGCGGAAGCAGCGGCAGUGGUGGCGGAGCCGUGGACGAUUCAGAUGCUGGCAAUCGGGCUAGCAGCGACACAAUGAAACAAAAGAAAGGUGCCAAGGGUGCACCGAAAGCGGCAAAGAUUAAGAGAAGAGGCGUCUAA